UCAUUUCAAAUCGAAUUUGCAUCUACAAAUAUAAUGCCAAAGUAUGCCUUUUAAUCCUCUUCAUUACCGUAAAGUAUGUCAAUAACAUUUCACAGUAUCAACAAUAAAAUGAGCGAGCAUUGAGAAAAAGAUUCAAACGUGGAUAUUAUAUUUUAUAAUAAUAAUUUGGAACUGUUUGCAAUAUACUUUAUAAUUAAUUCCAAAAUGGAUAAAUAUAAUUUAGGCACUCCGAAUCUUUGUCGGAGACAUAAGCUUGCUGCUCUUGAAUUGGAGAUAGCACAAAAACUGGAAGCGAGAAGAGCUGCAGCGAGUUGUUGCAAAUCGAACAGUUUCAAGAUGCGUCGUUACGAUGAAUACGAAGAGUUCUAUUCAAGUCAGACUUGCACUCAGUGCGCCAAUGAAAAAAGUGAUUGCAAAAGGUUUUAUCGAAAUUCGACAGAACUUUCACAUAGAUUAGAUAGCAAACGGGAAACAUGUUGGAAUAAACACAUUUACAAUGCAGAUUAUUUGCCUUGCAACCAAAACAAUUUGUUUGUGGAAUGUACAACUCAGGAGAAGUUUUGCCGGUGCAAUUCAUCGAAGGAUACUCAAGACGAUCGAUGCUCGACGACAGUUCCUUCGCUGCGACUGUCGUCAAGCAGUGAAAAUUUUAUGGGGCUGCCUUCAUUGGGACUGACGCCAUCACCAUCGUCCUUAUCAGAGCGUGAACUAUUAAAAUCAUUACCUUCAUUGGGACUAACAUCAAGGGAGCAACCAGGAAUGGAACUCCGAUCAUCUUCAAGACAAGCAAUGGAAACACAAUCAAGAAACGAACAACUAAAGAAAUUACCUUCAUUGAAACUAUAUUCAUCAGUGAGAGCAACAAAAAGACUAACUGCUAAAGACCCUUUAAAAAGUAUCUCAUCAAAGAAAAAACGAUCGUCGGGGCUACGGCCACCAACUCCACCUGCCUGGGAUUUAAGUUUUGAAGAAGAUUUAAGUGAGCAUAAGAUCGAAGCAAAGCCAAAUCAAAUUUCCAGUGAGGAUUUGAUCGCAAACAAACUGAUGAUACGACUCUAUCGACGAAUGCAUAAUUUGCUUAAGCUUAAUCUUCAGACGAAAGUAGAACUGAUUGAAGACUUGGAAAAAAUUCGCACAAAAAUCAAUGAAUCUUUCCAAAAAUGUGAGAAGAGCGACGAUAAUUAG